CUUACCUUGCCAGAAAACUCUUUCGUCUCUUACCAGGUGUGUGAUGCCAAAACGACCUUUGGGCGUGUGUGGAAACGCCGUUAACGAUUUUUUUUUUUUUUUACCGGUGCGACCGACGUUUGUUACCGAUGUCAAACACAGCGGAAGUAGAUGAAAAGCGCUGGAGGGGAUUUUAAAAGAAACUUACGUGCAGGACAGUCGCCGCCUGUAACUCACGCAGGGGGCGUCGGACCGUUGACGGAUCAUCCAACAACGCACGGACAGAGGAGACAGGAUGUUGGGUUGCAGUCCGUGGGCUCUUCUGCCUCCCGUCUACUCCGUGUGCACAGCUGCUGGACUGUGGGCGGUGUACUUUCUAGCUGUCCAGGACCAGAAGAUAGCUCCGCUGAGCUCACAGUACAGGAGAAGAAAUGGAUCAUUUUAUGCUCCAUAUAUUAGUAUUGCAGGAAACUUUCCACCAGCCAGCUGCAUCUUCAGCGAGGUCAUGAACCUGGCAGCGAUUGUGGGGUUCAUUAUUGCCGUCCUCAGAUACCUCCAGCUGAAACAGGCCAUCGACAAACCGUGGCUGAAUUUUGCGAGUCUGGUGGCUUUCUCUAUCGGCUGCUUUGGAAUGACGCUCGUAGGGAACUUCCAGUUAUUCACUCAGGAGAUGAUUCACAACUUGGGCACCUUCAUGACGUUUGGCCUGGGGACGCUCUUCUGCUGGGUGCAGUCCUACAUCACCCUGAGAGUUAACCUGAGGAACGAGGGGAGGAAGGCCGGCAUCAUUCGCUUCCUGUUGUCUGGAGCCAUCACCCUCUGCAUGAUACUCUAUUUCUCCCUGAUGGCUCAGCGCCUCCACAUGCACGCCGCUCGAUGCCAGUGGGCGCUGGUCAUGUUCUUCCUCACCUUCCUCGCCACUUUUGCCAUUGAGUUUCGUCACAACCGCUUCGACGUGGUGUGCACGGACAACACCGGGCGUCCGGUCAGCCUGUCAGAAACCCACUCUCAAGUGUGCAGGUACCAGGCGGACCAACUGUAGGGAUGUUAACACCGGGUCACAACUUUGAGAUGCAUUUUCCUCCACCUGAAGAGGCUGUACCUGGUUCCUACGCCUGUCCUUUACUCUGGUAUCACCAUAACUGAAACAUGCUGACCGCAUUUCAAAUAUGCAUGUUUGAUUGUUGCAUAUUUUUUAUCCAGAAGCUUGUAAAAGUGACAUUUUUUAAAUGCUGCACCAAAAAUCUGCUGCAGUUUCUUUAUUUUUUCUGUUUAUGAGGAAGCUUUAAUUGAGAAACUAGUUUUGCACUUCUUUUUAAACAUUAAAGACAUAUAGAUAUUUUUUUUAACUUUCCAAAUGCUUUAGUUUUGAGGGGCUGUGUGAAUCAAUGAAUGCUAUCAUAUCUAAACUAUCAGUAUUAAAAAAACACUAAAUGUGUGUUUAGUCUUGUGUCCCUAAAGUUUUUUAGUUUUUUAUUUGUUUUCUAGAAUGACCUUAAACCUCCACCUUUAAAGGAGUAGUUGACAUAAUUAAUGUUUAUUCGCUUUCUUGCUGACAGUUGGAUUUUGACACGACUCUAAUAUCUGUCUGUUAAAUAUGAAGCUUGAGCCAGCAGUCAGUUAGCUUAGCUUAGCAUAAAGACAAACAGCUAGUUUUGCUCAAGGGAGAAAUUACAUUGGUUUCUUUGUGCUAACACCAGUAGUUUUGUUGUGA